AUGGAUGACAAGGCUUCAGUUGGAAAAAUCAGUGUCUCCUCAGACUCAGUAUCUACUCUUAAUAGUGAAGAUUUUGUCUUGGUUUCCAGGCAAGGAGAUGAGACACCAUCUACAAAUAACGGGAGUGAUGAUGAGAAAACAGGACUCAAGAUUGUAGGGAAUGGAAGUGAGCAGCAGCUGCAAAAAGAGCUAGCAGAUGUGUUGAUGGAUCCUCCAAUGGAUGACCAGCCAGGGGACAAGGAACCUGUGGAAAGAUCACACCUGGAUGGUGAAGGAGAUGCACCUCUUGCUAAUCAACUCUCGGCUUCAUCCACCAUUAACCCUGUGCCAUUAGUGGGGCUCCAAAAGCCAGAGAUGAGUCUGCCAGUGAAACCUGGACAAGGAGAUUCUGUAGUGUCAAGUCCUUUCACACCAAUGGCUGAUGAGGACAGUGUAGUAUUCAGUAAACUAACUUAUUUAGGUUGUGCCUCAGUAAAUGCCCCCAGGAGUGAAGUGGAAGCUUUAAGGAUGAUGUCCAUUUUAAGAAGCCAGUGUCAGAUUUCAUUAGAUGUAACCCUCUCAGUGCCCAAUGUAUCUGAAGGAACUGUAAGACUCUUAGAUCCUCAGACAAACACUGAAAUAGCAAACUACCCUAUCUACAAAAUUCUCUUUUGUGUGAGAGGACAUGAUGGAACUCCUGAGAGUGACUGUUUUGCUUUCACUGAAAGUCAUUACAAUGCAGAGCUCUUCAGAAUACACGUCUUCCGUUGCGAAAUACAAGAAGCUGUAAGCCGGAUACUUUACAGUUUUGCCACUGCCUUCCGCCGUUCUGCCAAGCAGACCCCACUUUCAGCCACUGCUGCCCCCCAGACUCCUGACAGUGACAUCUUUACCUUCUCUGUGUCUUUAGAAAUAAAAGAAGAUGAUGGUAAAGGUUAUUUUAGUGCAGUUCCCAAAGAUAAGGACAGACAAUGUUUUAAACUGCGCCAAGGAAUUGAUAAGAAGAUAGUUAUCUAUGUGCAACAAACAACUAAUAAAGAACUUGCUAUUGAAAGGUGUUUUGGUCUUCUUCUUAGCCCAGGAAAAGAUGUACGAAAUAGCGACAUGCACUUGUUAGAUUUGGAAUCUAUGGGCAAAAGUUCAGAUGGAAAAUCCUAUGUUAUUACUGGGAGCUGGAAUCCAAAAUCUCCCCAUUUUCAAGUUGUAAAUGAAGAAACUCCUAAAGAUAAAGUGCUGUUUAUGACUACAGCUGUUGAUUUGGUAAUUACAGAAGUACAGGAGCCUGUUCGAUUUCUCCUAGAGACUAAAGUCCGUGUUUGCUCACCUAAUGAAAGAUUAUUCUGGCCCUUCAGCAAACGUAGUACUACUGAAAAUUUCUUUCUGAAACUAAAACAGAUAAAGCAAAAGGAGAGAAAGAAUAAUAAUGAUACUUUAUAUGAAGUUGUAUGCUUGGAAAGUGAAUCAGAGAGAGAGAGGAGGAAAACUACAGCCAGUCCCUCAAUUCGCCUGCCACAGUCUGGAUCUCAGACCUCAAUGAUACCUUCUCCUCCAGAAGAUGAUGAAGAGGAAGAUAAUGAUGAACCUCUCUUGAGUGGAUCUGGUGAUGUAUCCAAAGAAUGUGCAGAAAAAAUUCUUGAAACCUGGGGAGAACUACUGUCAAGAUGGCAUCUCAACUUAAGUGUGCGACCAAAGCAGUUGUCAUCUUUAGUAAGAAGCGGUGUCCCUGAAGCUCUUCGAGGAGAGGUUUGGCAGCUACUAGCAGGCUGUCACAACAAUGACCACCUGGUAGAAAAAUACCGAAUUCUCAUCACAAAGGAGUCUCCCCAGGACAGUGCUAUCACCCGGGAUAUUAACCGAACAUUCCCAGCCCAUGACUACUUUAAGGACACAGGAGGAGAUGGACAAGAUUCCUUAUAUAAAAUAUGCAAGGCUUAUUCUGUGUAUGAUGAAGAGAUUGGUUAUUGCCAGGGCCAGUCAUUUCUUGCUGCUGUGCUGCUUCUCCAUAUGCCUGAAGAACAGGCAUUCAGUGUUCUGGUCAAAAUCAUGUUUGACUAUGGCCUCAGGGAACUUUUCAAGCAAAACUUUGAAGAUUUGCAUUGCAAAUUUUACCAGUUGGAGCGCCUCAUGCAGGAGUACAUUCCUGACCUGUACAACCACUUCCUGGAUAUAAGCCUUGAAGCACACAUGUAUGCCUCCCAGUGGUUUCUUACACUUUUCACUGCAAAAUUCCCUCUCUACAUGGUCUUCCAUAUCAUCGACCUACUUUUAUGUGAGGGAAUAAGUGUUAUUUUUAAUGUCGCCCUUGGAUUAUUAAAGACUUCCAAGGAUGACCUGCUGUUGACAGAUUUUGAAGGUGCCUUGAAGUUCUUCAGGGUUCAGCUCCCUAAGAGAUAUCGUUCAGAAGAAAAUGCAAAAAAACUAAUGGAAUUAGCUUGCAACAUGAAGAUUAGUCAGAAGAAGUUGAAAAAAUAUGAAAAGGAGUAUCACACCAUGAGAGAACAGCAGGCCCAACAAGAAGACCCCAUCGAGCGAUUUGAGCGAGAGAAUAGACGUCUACAAGAAGCUAACAUGAGGUUGGAACAGGAAAAUGAUGACCUGGCCCAUGAGCUGGUGACCAGCAAGAUUGCACUGCGAAAGGACCUGGAUAAUGCUGAGGAAAAGGCAGAUGCACUCAAUAAGGAGCUGCUUAUGACCAAACAGAAAUUGAUUGAUGCAGAAGAAGAGAAAAGACGGCUGGAAGAAGAGUCUGCUCAGUUAAAAGAAAUGUGCCGUCGGGAGCUCGACAAGGCAGAAUCUGAGAUUAAAAAAAACAGUUCUAUCAUCGGUGACUAUAAGCAGAUUUGUUCUCAGUUGAGUGAAAGAUUGGAGAAACAGCAGACAGCUAAUAAAGUGGAAAUUGAGAAAAUUCGGCAAAAAGUGGAUGACUGUGAGCGUUGCAGGGAAUUUUUCAACAAAGAAGGACAUGUGAAGGGCGUCAGUUCAGCCAAGGAGGCUUUAAAUGAGGACCCAGACGAAGAGAAGGCGACCCUCAAGAACCAGCUGAGGGAGAUGGAACUGGAACUGGCACAGACCAAGCUCCAGUUGGUGGAGGCUGAGUGUAAGAUACAGGACUUGGAGCACCACUUAGGCCUUGCCCUCAAUGAGGUCCAGGCCGCCAAGAAGACAUGGUUUAACCGAACACUGAGCUCCAUAAAGACGGCAACUGGGGUUCAAGGGAAAGAGACUUGCUGA